AUCUUCAUGUUUGCUGCUUGAGGACGACGCUGUGAAGAAUCCUCCGUUCGCCUCCCCUGUAGACGAUCCUCUUGCGCAUUAGCUCUUUUUCCUCCCCUGCGGUACUGACGCUUCAGAAGUCUUUCCUGCAAUCUCAAUCGAAGUGGGUUUUUCGAGAAUGUUUAAGAAGUUUACAGCAGAAGAUGUUUCUUCACAAAAUCAAGUAAAGGCAUCUGUGCAACGCAAGAUCCGCCAAAGUAUUGCCGAUGAGUAUCCAGGUCUUGAACCAGUGUUGGAUGACUUGCUUCCAAAGAAGUCACCCCUCAUAGUUGUGAAAUGUCAAAAUCAUCUGAAUUUGGUUUUGGUGAACAAUGUGCCUUUGUUCUUCAAUAUUCGGGAUGGACCUUAUAUGCCAACGCUUCGCCUUCUUCACCAAUAUCCGGAUGUGAUGAAAAAAUUUCAAGUGGACAGGGGUGCAAUCAAGUUCGUUCUUGCUGGUGCAAACAUAAUGUGUCCUGGUCUUACUUCCCCUGGUGGUGUUUUGGAUGAUGAAGUGCUGGAAGAAACUCCUGUGGCUAUAAUGGCGGAAGGAAAGCAACAUGCACUUGCAAUUGGUUUUACAAAAAUGGCAGCAAAGGACAUAAGAGCUGUAAACAAAGGUAUUGGUGUGGAUAACAUGCACUAUUUGAAUGAUGGACUUUGGAAGAUGGAACGACUAGACUAAGGUGAUUGAGCCAAUCAAUAUUAUUGAUGAAUGAAGUGAUUGAGUGGUAAGAUACCGUUGGUUGUUCUCUUUCAAAAGUAAAUGCUUUCCUUGUCUUUUGUAAUUUACAAAUGCAAAAUAUUUAUGUAACACAAUAUCAAGAGGCAUCUUGUUGACAUGAAUAAGCACUUUUUCUUAUAUGAAAGAUAUACAAAGGCUGUAGACUCA